AUGGCGCGUUCUGGUGUCGCUGCCCUCAUCGCCGCCUUCGCCGCCGGCUUGUUGGCCUGCCAGUUCUGUAACGCCUUCGUGGUGGCGCCGCUCGGCGAACGUGGAUCCCAUGGUCACCCUAAUGCAGUUCUGGAUUCAACUGGUCCGUCUGGAUUGGCGCCUGCCUCCCAGUCGUCGUCGCCUGCUGGAGUCGGCCUGACUCUGAUCGGCGCGUCCGCGGCCCUGGCCCUGUUUGCCCGGGGUGCUCUGUCUAUCGGUGGCAGCAAGGUGACCCCGCAGGGCUCUGCACAACACAAGGUAGUGAUGGCGGCCUUCGAGAGCGAGCUGGGUUUCGCGGACAUCCCGAACGGGCUCGGUGCGAUCUCCAAGGUUCCCGCGGCGGGCUGGGCGCAGAUCGUCGCGUACGGCGCGUUCUGCGAGCUGUCCCAGGACCAGUCCGCAGGCACCGCUGCCGCCGCGGGUGACUUCGGCUUCAAGGUGUUGACGUCCAGUGACGCCGCGGAGAAGCAGAAGAAGUUGGCGGCGGAGAUCGCCAACGGUCGUCUGGCCAUGAUGGCGAUCAUCGGAAUGUUCUUCCAGGACGGUUUGACUGGCUCGGCUUGGGGCGAUUGGGCGCUCUACACCGGAUCCCCGCUGCGCGCGUUCGAGAGCGAGCUUGGCGUUCAGGACCCGGUGGGCUUCUGGGACCCGGCUGGGUUCACGGCGGAUGGUAGCACGGAGAAUUUCGCCAGGAGGCGCCAGACCGAGCUGAAGCACGGCCGCGUGAGCAUGCUGGCGACCAUGGGCUACAUCACCCCAGAGAUUACCGGCAAGCUGCCAGGGUACUUGUCGCCGUCCGCGGGCCUGAAGUUCGCGGACAUCCCGAACGGGCUCGGUGCGAUCUCCAAGGUUCCCGCGGCGGGCUGGGCGCAGAUCGUGGCGUACGGCGCGUUCUGCGAGCUGUCCCAGGACCAGUCCGCUGGCACCGCUGCCGCGGCGGGUGACUUCGGGUUCAAGGUGCUGACGUCCAGCGACGCCGGGGAGAAGCAGAAGAAGUUGGCAGCUGAGAUCGCCAACGGUCGUCUGGCCAUGAUGGCGAUCAUCGGCAUGUUCUUCCACUCCGAGGACAGUUCCCCCUGA